ACAGAAAAUUCAGUGGAAGUGAACCCCCCCACGCCACGCAGCUGGACAAUUCAAACAGGAUUCUGUUUUCUUCCUCUUCUUCUUCGUCCUGUUCUCCUCUGUUUUCCCUGCCCCUGUGUGUAAAUGUGGUGGCUUCGUUUCAGUCCCGACCUGUUUUUCCACUCUGUCGUCACGUCACCUGUUGAGCUCUGAUAACCCGGAAGUGAGCCGCUCUUCUUGUCACCUUAGGUAGGAACCUUACAGGCAUAAAUACGGGAGAGGACCGAGUGUGUGAAAGAAAACAGCGAAGAAACAUGGGGCGCCUCGUUUCGCUGCUUUUGUUUCUGUGCGCCGCGACAGGUGGAAGCAGUUUUGAUGUCACAACUUCACCUCCAACUCUGAGAGUAAAAGAAAAUGAAGGUGUGGACAUGUCAUGCUCAUACACAGCAGACUUCGGUGCAGAUGUCAGGAUGGAGUGGAGAUUCGUAAACUCAAAAGGCUCAACACACUAUGUAUUGUUUGACAAAAAAAUAACAGAACCGUAUGCCAAUCGCGUAAAUAUAUUCAGUAGCACAAAUUUGAGGUUCUCCAAAGUGACUCGUCAGGAUAACGGCGAGUAUUUCUGUGAUGUGUCCAGCUCCAGUAGCCCGACUAAGAAUGCCAAGGUGGCUCUGACUGUUCUGGUGCCGCCAUCUGUACCAAAGUGUGGAAUCCCCCAAACAGUGACGACAAAUGCAUACGUCGCCCUUACCUGCCAUGAUCCUGACAGUUCUCCACCACCAACAUACAACUGGUACAAAGGUACCACCCUCCUUCCUGCUGACCCGAGCAAGAAUGUUGCCUUCAAAAACGCCACCUACAAGCUGGAUUCGAAAACAGGAAUGCUGGUGUUUCCUUCUGUUACCAAGAUGGACACUGGGGAAUACUACUGCGAGGUGAGCAACGACGCCGGUCCCUCCCAGAGCUGCAAAAGUGUAAAAAUGGAAGUCCGUGACAUAAACACUGGAGGAAUUGUUGCCGGGGUUAUCUUUGGCCUUCUGUUCUUGGGCCUUUUGAUAGGCGGCCUUUGGUAUGCCAACAAGAAAGGAUAUCUUCCCUUGAAAAGUGAAAGCAACAAGCAGCAAAGUGCGGCCUACCAGCCUCCAUCAAUGUAUGCUGGUGGUGGCGGUGAGGAAGAUAAUGGGGAGUUCAAACAGAAGUCAUCAUUUGUGGUGUAGCAGGCGGCAGUCGGAAACCUCUGUUAAAUAUUUGUCUUUGUUAAUUUUUUAUUAUUUUUUUUGUACUUGUGCUUUCAGUGCUGUUUUUAUGAACCAUCUUGACUCUUCUCAGAUAAUGAUUUCAUUGUCACCCGUGUAAGAUUUUAAAGGAAGAGUUUUGUACAUUCAUAGUUUUAGAUUAAAUUUGGUUUUUAUCUGCUUGUUUUUUGUCUGCCAGCAUGUUUCUUUUUUUGAUUAAAGCUACUGUUUGUGUUCUUUUUAUCUUCCAGCUACUAAAUUAUUUUUUCCAUUAAUAAUUUUCCUUUUAAACUAUCACCAAGUACUGAUUAAAGACCAAAGGCUUGGAGUCUAUUUAAACUCACAAAGCAUGCUGAACUCACUUGCUGGCAAUUGGUAUUUAAUACUGCUAAUAAACACUGUAGCUGUGCUGUUAGGGCAGGGGUGUCAAACUCCAGUCCUCGAGGGCCGGUGUCCUCCAACUUUUAGAUGUGCCUCUGCUGCACCACACC